AUGGGCGCAACAAUCAUCGCCGGCGUCGUCAUUGCCGUCAUCGUCGUCGCGCUGGCCGGCGCCGGCUUCUGGUUCUACCGCGCAUACAACAUCGACAAGGCGAAGAAGACGGCCAUGGCGGGCAAAUGGUCGGGCGCAUACAGCACCGGCGCCUCGUCAGCGUCGGGCGGUGGUGUUCAGCAGCCGGGGCAGCCGGGGCUGCCUCGGUAA